CUUGACGUCAUUCUCUCGAGAUCUGUUGCUUCGGCACGGUCUUCGGUCGUUCCGACCACAUUCCCUUCGGCAGGGCGUCUUCCCAAGCCGCCUUUGGAGCCGCAGAGUGAUGGUGGAGUGCGCAUGUGAGUGAUGGUGGAGAACGAGUACGUCGUCCUGCGGAUCACCCUCUCGGUGCCGGUCACCCUCCCGGUGAGUCCGCAGCGAGGCGACACGAGUACUCGUACGACAGCUAGCUGCCCUUCUAGCAUCCUCUUCCCUCAGCCAGAUCUCGCUCUUCCUCUGAGUCCGCGUGCCUUCUCGUCCUUCCAGGACUCACCCUGGUGCUGACCUACUCCUCUCCUCUCUCCCCGACUGACCGGUUGCAUAUCAGGGGAUGCUUUUGAGGGUUAUGUCUCACUGGGAAUGCAUGCACGCAUAUCUGCCUGAGAUCUGCCUGUCUGUCCGUCUGUGUUGUCUCUCUAGCCUCCCAGUGUGUGCCUACGUAUCCGCCACAAGGUCCGUCCCCUCGCCGAUCACAUACUAAGGCAGACAACACGUCCACACCCGCACAUCGGUCAGGAACACGGGACACUCACUCAAAGCGGACGGCACGAAAGCAUGUGUGUGGCUGGCUAUCUCUCUCUCUCGGUUGGCUGAGAUCAGUCGGUGAUCUGGUGUGUUUGCGUAUGGAUGGCUGGUAUGGUUCUCGGGUGGGUUUGACAGUUGCCAGAGAGAGGACAUCCACACCAUAACACUUUCGUAACACUGGUGCAUCUGCCGUUCUUUUUUUUCCAUUCGCAGGUCUGUCGUUUGGCUGCGAGGGGUGUGGUCUGCCCAUGGGCGUUGUCGUCAUUGUGUUUGGUGUUGGUUUGGAUGGAUGUGUAUCGGUCUGGAUGAGAGCGAGAUGGUGUCCAUGUGGCUGUGGGGAGGAUCAGAUCAGCCGCACAUAACGAGCCAGCCUCAGCCAGAUCUACCACGAGAGCACCGGCAUUCAACGUUGCGUCAUCUCUGCUGUCCGCUGCUGUCGUUGCUGUCGUUGCUGUCGUUGCUGUCGUUGCUGUUGGGACGUGUGCUGGUGGUCGCAGGUUGAGUUUGUUUCGGUGCGAACAAGAUGACGACUUCUCCCCCCUCCUGGACUGACUGGCUCGAUCUCAUCUACAGGCGCACUGAUCUCAUCUACGCCUGCUACGUCGACGACAUCAUCGUCGCUUCCCGCACCCCUGCUGUCCUCUUUGAGCUGCUCUCUCACCUCAAACGCGUCGAUCGGCUGUCCUCUGCUGCCUGGCGUGUGCGCUGACCGUCCCGUUCGAACUCGUGAAGUCCUCCUCGAACUCUGAAGCCCUCCUGAUGCCCCUGCGUUGUCUGGUGUCUGUAGCUGAUCCUCGUCUGCCCGCUCUCUGCUGUUGUCAUGUCCAAGCCCUCGUCCAAGCCCUCGUCUCGUCUUCGACCUUCUGAUCUCGUUCGUGGCCCCCUGCUCACCCACCACACGGCGUCCGAAACCAUUCGCGAGAAACUCAACCGCUGCCUCAGGAGAGUGGAUUACGACCGACGAGACGAGUACGAGCUGGUGGGGUUUCUCUACGCUAAGGAGCAGGUCAUUGACGAAAUCGAUGAGCUCGAUGAGCGCCGCGAUUGAUCGGGUAUCUCACGGAGGGAGUACGGCGAGAGGGUGAACGACAUGCGUCGCCGUCUGACACAUGUGCAGCAGGAGAUCCAGCGUCGCACGGCGACUCGGCGACCCCCCUCCUCUCCCCCUCCCCGCACUCGUGCGCCCCGUCCCCGGUCUCGUUCUCGUUCGCGACAUCUCUCGCCGCCCUCAUAUCAACGUGUCACGAUCGACAGGAGCGGUGAUCGUCGUCUGGACAGGAGGUCUGGUGAUCGUCGGUCGCAGCGUCACGGUGGGGUGGAGCUCAAGCCUGCUGCUGUUGUUCAAGCAGAGGAAGCGGCGCGUGUGCAGACGACCGAGCCCGCUGAGCCGUCUCAAGCACCCGAGACCCAGCAGCCCCCCACACAGCCACAGACGACCACACCACAGCCCUCCCACGCCACGUCUGAGCAGCAGCACACGUACAACCCCGACACCGAAGAGGUCGGCGACCAGGAAGAUCAGGACGACGAGGAGCAACAGGAGGACUCUGAGGAACAACAGGAGGACGAGCAGCAGCACGAGGCCAUCGAAGAAGCCGAAGAAGAAGAGCAGGAGACCGAGCGGGAGCAGCAGGAGGAGCCCACAAGCGACGAGCAACUCCCUACCCACCAGCAAGGUGCACAAGACAGUGCCUCUCAAGACCCCGCCCCCCACCCGACUCCCUCUCCCCCUCCCGCCCACGUCCCCCUCGCCCACACUCCCAAACUACCUGCUUGCACUCCCACUCGUGGUGUCUUCCCCCUAGAAGCGGCGGUCCAGGAGCAGCUGCAGUUCUACGUGCACUCUGUGGACCAGCUGUUCUUCACGGGCCUCUGGUUGUGCGGCCACUGCGAUUAUCAGACGGUGCGAGGUGCGUCGAUUCAGCAGGGCGGAGAAGCGGACUUCUGGUUUCAGCCGCCGGCGUGCUGUGUCAAGUGUCAGAGCCCCCCACACAGGGCAUACCCCUCAGCGGUCCCGGCAUUCGCGACUGGCCCGUGGAACAAGGUCUACGACUACUCGCAGUUCCCCCCAGCGCAGCUCAGCGAGGAGGGUAAUGAGGCUCGCGGCCAGCACAUCGUAAACCUCGCGAAGUAAUCCCACACCCACUACUUCGACUCCUUUUUGCUGCCCCCCUUCCCCGACCCCUUUUUCCUGCUGAUCGCCGCUGCUGCCUGUGGUGUGCUGCUGACCGACGGUGUCGCUGCUGAUCGUGUG